CUCGUUAGACUGAAUUACCCCAGCUUGAAUGGUUUAAAAUUAUUAGACAGACUGUCGCACCAAAGUAUUUCCACUUGCAUGAAAAAUGCGGAAGGGAUGGAUAGCAGCAUAUUCCACACCUUACUGACCGAGAUUUGAGGAAAGUUGGUCUCCCAGGUCUCUGAAACAUGUACCUGGACAGGAGUAAGCGAGGGUACCAGGAGUUCCAACGAGUUGCCAAGAUUGUGAAAACUAUUUGCGGGAUCAACCUGGUUUUAAAAGGGUACGUUCAAAAAGCCAAAGUGAUCCAAUGGAUGACAUAUCACCUGACAAGACAAUUAGAUCUCAACAAGGAACUGUUGUUCAACAUUCACAACUUUACAAAGAACAAAAGUGAGAGAGAUUCUGCAAAACUGAAGUGUCUGCUUUCUGUUCUUCCUCAUUUACGAAGCACACAUGAGACUGCAAUGAUACAAUCGCUUCUACGUAAGAAUCAAGCAUUUCAAAUCAUGCCCCACAUUGUGCAAUUGGAGGUUUGCCAAGCUGCAGUCUAUCAACAAUAUGAAGCCAAAACAAUGGUAGUGCGUAAAGGCCACCAACCUGAAGCAUGUUAUUUUGUACUCACUGGUAAACUAGUCGCUACAUCGAGUGAUUACUGUUCAGAAAAUGAAAAUCACCUCACUGAAGUUCUGAAUGAAAUUCAGGAGGGCGAUUUGUUUGGGGAUGCUGCACUUUUAACCAACACAAAACGGCCUGCUACUAUUUUAUGUGAGACUAAUGCAGAACUCUUGCUGAUAAACAAGGAGGAUUUUGAAUCUAUAUUGGCCAGAUUUCUCCAGCAGCGCUAUAGUGCAGUCACUGAUUUACUGAGGUCACUUCCAAUAUUCACAUCUUGGACACCUGAAAAGCUGACACUGCUUUCCCACAGUUCCCUGCUACGAUAUUCCAGGUCAGGAGCAGCAGUCAUUCCAGAAAGUUACAGCUCUUCUUUUAUAGUGGUUGUCAAAUCAGGCCGAUGUGAUGUGGUGACAAAUUUCAGAAUGGAUCGACAUGGAACUGCUUUGUCCCAGAGUUUACAGCAAAAGAAAUGCACCAUGAUCCAGAAGGACUUAUCCAUACAAAGCUUGUUGGAAGGAAAAACAAAGCGCUCAGAAAAAUCACCACAGAGAUGGUGAAUGGCUUGCAGGAUAUAAAAUGAGAGGCCUGAGGGAUCUGCAAGGUCAGAAUUUGCAGUGAUGUG